GAAAGCUUAGGGAAGACGGAACAUUGCAGUAUGGUGAUCUGACCAUCACAUUCAAUACGGAUGGCAGCUCACUUUUCAAAUCAUCAAGAAACUCAAUCUGGCCCAUCCAGUUCAUUAUCAAUGAACUUCCUCCUCAAAUAAGGUACAAGCACCCAACACUUGCUGGUCUGUGGUUUGGGAAAAAACGCCCUAAAAUGACCCUGUUCCUUGGCAAAUUCGUCGAACAAUUCAACAGCAUGGAGCCACUCACGUGGACCCACAUGAUGAAGACGUACCACAGCAAAGUUUACGCUCUCUGUUGUUGCGUAGACGCACCAGCACGAGCAGCAGUGCAGAACUUUACGCAGUUCAACAACUUCUUUGGGUGUCCAUGGUGUCUCACAAAGGCUGAGCAUAAAGAAGGAGGCAUGCGAUACCUAUCAUCGACCCCUGGACCAGAACGAACACCAGCAGGAGUAAUUCGGGAUGCUCAACUGGCAGUUGAACUAAACACGGACAUCAAUGGUGUGAAGGGGCCCUCACCUCUUACGAACCUGAUGGGAUUUAACAUUGUCUGGGGCUACACGGUGGAUUAUAUGCAUUGUGUGCUCCAGGGAGUCUCGAAGCAGAUAACCGAGUUCCUUGUCAACUCAUCCCACUCACAGGCAUCUUUCUACAUAGGUGAGGACUUUAAACUCUUAUAG